AUGUUCUUAUCUUUCGUCCUUCUAAUUGCCGCCUGGUUUUUCGUCGUUCUAAUAUUCCACAUUUACUCCCGUUGCCACGCACGACUCCCCCUCGAAAGCCAAAGAAGCUGCCGCCGCCACGUCAUCGGCUUCGGGGGCCUUCACCCCUCGGCCGUGAAUGCACUUCCGACUUUCGUCUACGAAUCCAAGGGAAACGAGCCCAUGCAAUUGGAAUGUGUCGUGUGUCUGUCGGAUCUUGAGGAUGGGGAAAUGGGUCGGGUCAUGCCCGACUGCAGGCAUUGUUUCCACGUCGAGUGUAUAGACAUGUGGCUCCAGUCCCACUCGAGCUGCCCACUUUGCAGAACCCGGGUAAAGGCCCGGGGUGCGGGCAGCUCGGUUGGGCCCGUUGAGAAUUCACAUGAAAGCGUUGUGGGUUCGGGUUCGGGUUCGAGUUUUGGGUGGAUAUUCUCACUUCCAAACCAGGCAAUUGUGGUUUGA